AUGUUACCAGGAGACCGUUUACAUGUGGACGGGACGGAGGAACAGAGCAACCUGACUAAAGGUAGUGGGUCUUUAACAUCAGCGGAGGAAAUCCCUUCAUCAUGUGACCCUGUAAGCAGAGGAAAUACCAUCCCCACUGACCUCAUCAGCACCCAGCCUCAGCCUGCUGCAGCUGCACCAGCAGAGGCCUCACAGGAGGCAACAAGGUUAAAGAAGCCUCAGUGUGACCCACAGAAGCCCACCUGCACGCGAUGUGGCCUCACAGUCCCAGACCACGGACUCCCCCCUCCGUCACCGGACCGGAGCCGGCUGCAGGGCUCCAGCUUGUCGGUGCACAGCAGCAGCAGCAGAAGGAGCAGGAGGAGCGGGAGGAGCAAGGGUAGUGUGUCCGGCUCACACCAACCUACUGCUACACCUGGUGACUCCUGUUUACACCUGCUGCUGGCAUGCCUGUCGUGCCAGUGCUCUGUGCUGCUCCUGGGUCUGUUGGAGGCCUGCUCCUCCUGCCUGGAAACCCUCUGCUCAUGCUGCUGCCACGCCUGUGCCCGCUGCUGUUCGGCCAUCCAGGAGGCUCCCGUGGAGGAGCUCAACUGCCACGCCCACUGCCACUCGGUGCUGUUCGAGUCUUGCUGCGAGCCCACCGAGUGUCUGGAGUUUUGUCUGGAGUGCUGCGAGAUCUGCCAUCACAGCUAG